UAAGGCAACACCAUGCAACCGGCCUGAUAAAUGUCAAUAAUCAUAACAAAUGUGUUUAGCAAAUGGAUAUUUCACAUUUAUUUGCAAUUUACACUAAAAGUUAUUAAAAAAAUUACUAAAUAAUUUUAAAAUAAAGUAUAAAGCAACAAGAAUGGACAGCGAGCUACGUACCAAAGUGGAAUCAUGCUGCCGCACAGCGGAGGAUUUCACAAAACUUUAUUACACAUCUUUUGAUAAAAGACGGCAUCAAAUGGGCCGCAUGUAUCUAGAUAAUGGUUUACUUGUUUGGAACGGCAAUGGUUCUAGUGGCAAAGACACGAUACAAAAGUAUCUAAUUGAUUUGCCUACUUCGGAGCAUACAAUAACCAAUUUGGAUGCGCAACCAAUUAUUGAUGAGGCCGUUGGCGGUCAGUUAACUUAUAUGAUACAAGCCGGUGGUACUGUGCGUUACGCGGAUGAGGGUGUGCGGCCAUUCCAACAAACGUUUAUCAUCACCGCACAAGAGGAUAAAUGGAAAAUUGCUAGCGACUGUUAUAGACUGCAGGAUGGGCUUGCGCGCGCGGAAAAUUAGCUUUAGUUAGUUAAGAACGGAGAGUUAGAAAAUACAAAGAGCAUAUUUUAUACAACAAAACUAUAAAAAAAUACAACAGCGAAAAUUCGACGGAAA